AAUGAUAAUGACACAAUGAAGCCCUCUGAAAGGGAUGCGUAUAUGCCCGUCAGUUCAAAGACACUUGGCUGUUCCUGCUUGAAAAGAAGGAAUCCUUCCUUCGGUGGUUGGUUGCUAUGGAUAUCUCUCAAAAGCUCUUAGAAUAAUGGCACAUCCCACCUCUGAUGUCAGAGCUGUUGAUGUGUGUGUAAAGAGGGAGGGAGCUGUAGCCUGUUGCUCAUAUCAUCAAAUGUGCCGCCAGCACUCCAGAAGCUCCAGAGCCUGUUGAGGGAUCAGAUAGAGUUGGAACGCAGAGCAUUCUUCCUCUCCUUCUAUAGUAAAAGAGAAAGAAUCUUUCAUUCCUAAACAUCAUGAACACACUCAACUACAGAUGAAGUAUGGCCUUAAAGACAGGAAGGAAAGAAGGAAGAAGAAAGAAAGAAAGAAAGAAAGAAAAAUGUCAAGAAUAUGUUACAUUUGAAUUGCAAUUAAGAUCACUCUUUGAGAGGAAGCGCUGGACUCCAGGCAUGUGACAGCCGCUGAGGUGGAGGUGGCCGGUGAAAGAUGACUUUACUGGCAGGGGAUGGUUCGGAUUACGACUACAGCGCUUUAAGUUGCACCUCGGACACCUCUCUGAACGCUCCGCCCAUCCAGGAGCAAGAGGCCUUAAAGGGCGUUUAUUAUAAACGAGCGCAACGACUGCCUCCGACUGACCCCAACAUCACCGAUGCACUCCAUCCCGACGACAACGGAAACCUGCCAUCUUGCGGCCAGCGGCUGCAUGUCAUCAUUAACGUGGGUGGCCUCCGGUACCAGCUUCCCUGGACCACGCUGGAGGACUUCCCGCUCUCGCGCCUGGGCCAGCUGCGUCUGUGCAGCAGCUUUGAUGAGAUCAUGCGGGUGUGCGACGACUACGACGUGGUGCACAACGAGUUCUUCUUCGACCGCAGUCCCUGCGCCUUCCGGACCAUCCUCACCUUCCUGCGCGCCGGGAAGCUGCGCUCUCUGCGCGAGAUGUGCGCACUGUCGUUCCAAGAAGAGCUGCUCUACUGGGGCGUCCCGGAGGAAAGCUUGGAAUGGUGCUGCCGGCGACGCCUCCUGCAGCGCGUGGAGGAGUGCGAUGAGCUAGAGCGGGUGGCGGAGGAGGACGAGGACGACGAGGAUGACAGCGAAAGCGGUUCGGCCGGGGAGUCUCGUUUUGGCCGCUGCAUGGGACAACUAAGAGACAUGGUAGAGAAGCCUCACUCCGGCCUGCCGGGGAAGAUCUUCGCCUGCCUGUCGGUCCUGUUUGUCACCAUAACAGCCAUCAACCUCUCCAUAAGCACCAUGCCUGCUAUGAGAGAGGAGGAGGAGACUGGGAAAUGCUCUCAGAUGUGCUACAACAUCUUCAUAGUGGAGACGGUGUGUGUGGCCUGGUUCUCGCUGGAGUUCACGCUGCGCUUCAUCCAAGACCGCAGCAAGUUGGCCUUCCUCCGGCGACCGCUCAACCUGAUAGACGUCAUAGCCAUCCUGCCCUACUACAUCACACUGGUGGUGGACAGCACCUCCACAGGGGAGAAACGCUUGGGCUCGGGCAGCAGUUACCUGGACAAAGUGGGCCUUGUGCUGCGGGUGCUGCGGGCGUUGCGCAUCCUCUACGUGAUGCGGCUGGCGCGGCACUCGCUCGGACUCCAGACGCUCGGGUUGACAGCGCGCAGGUGCACGCGGGAGUUUGGUCUGCUCCUUCUCUUCCUCUGCGUCGCCAUUGCGCUUUUCUCCCCGCUCGUCUACCUGAUCGAGAACGAGGCGGCGGCCACGCGAGAGUUCAGUAGCAUUCCCGCCACCUACUGGUGGGCCGUGAUCACAAUGACGACGGUAGGUUACGGCGACAUGGUGCCGCGCAGCAUCCCCGGACAGGUGGUGGCGCUCAGCAGCAUCCUCAGUGGGAUCCUGCUCAUGGCGUUCCCCGUCACCUCCAUCUUCCACACGUUCUCGCGCUCCUACGUGGAGCUCAAGCAGGAGCAGCAGCGGCUGCUGCAGCGGAGGACUCACUUCCUGCUGCGCAGCCGCAUUGCGGGGCUGGGCAGCAACCUGUCGUUGGAGAGCGAUGUGCUCUUCCCUAGCGUCUCGUCUGACCACAGAAACCGAGAGGAGUAAAAGUGCUGAACGUGGAAUAAAAAGCUUUUUUUUAUAUAUUUUGAAUGUUGUUUUACAUAUUGUCUAUCAAUAAUACAUUAAAAGACUUUUAGGGUGCUCAGUCGUGAACGUUUCAGCAGAAUUGACUUCCAAGUUUAAGUUAAACAUAUCUGAACCAUUUUGACCUCACUAAUCAAGGUCUUUGGGUUUAUUUGAAAAUGAAUGGCUUGAUCUUAAUGGAAUAGUUCACCCAAAAAAUGAAUAUUCUGUCAUCAUUUAUUCACCUUCAUGACAUUCCAAACCUUCUUCUGUAGAACAUGGACUUUUAUGCCUUUCACAAUUUUAUGUCAAGUCAAGUCACCUUUAUUUAUAUAGCGCUUUAUACAAUACAGAUUGUUUCAAAUCAGCUUUACAGUGAUAAACAGGAAAAUAAUGGGUUGCACUUUAUUUUACAGAACGUGCACUUGUGUGUACUUACAGUGUACUUACCUAAGAAGGUACUGGGCAAUAGGGUAACUACAUGGGUUAAGGUUAGGUUUAGAGGUAGGUUCAGGGUUAGUACCUAGUUAUUACCCAGUUAUUGCAAUUACUGUAAUAAAUAUAGCUGCAAGCAGCAGUUAAGGGGUCAAACACAACAGAAGCAAACAAGGAAGCUAGCAGCAGACCAACACUGUCAUAAUGGACUGUGAUAGCAACUGAGACAAAGACACUGCAUGUCAAUUUUGAAGUCAAUCAGACUAACAGUACUACAGUAUUACACCUCAGAGUGCCCCCAUACAUAAGUGUGUCAAAUUUGGUAAAAAUAUCUCAUUUUGUUUUGGAGUUGUAGACAUUUAUAUGUAUGAACACAUAAAAAAUGACCCACACCUGACUUUGAUUGCAUUUUUUUGCAACUUAUUAUCAAAAUUGACAUUUGACCAUUAGCAUAUAAUCAACGACCUGUUUCCGAUUUUCCUAGUAUGGUUUCAUCUCAAUCUGACUAACAGUUUCUAAGAUAAUCACUAAUGUUGUUUAAACGUUAAAUCGCAACGUUGCACUAACCAUAAGGCGAAACCUAGCGUGUUUGGUAUCGUUGGACUCGGAAAGGAUUCAGGAAUCCAAGGAGAUGUUUCACUCCUGUAAAAAUAAGUCAACCAUAUCCAAAGUUAUAAGCAUGAAGCAUGUAAAUAAUUUUUUUCACCACUAGGUGGCGCUGGUCCGAAACUUCUCAGACUCCUUCAGGCCAUUGUGCUGAUGACCCAUACAAAGUUCGUAAAAUACAGCAUUUUACUAAAAAGUUCAAAAUGGCCGUUGCCCAAAAUGGCCGAUAUGGGAAAAUUGGAUUUCGUUAGACUCGGCCCGAAUCUAACGAGACCACCUUUAUGAUUUUUGGACAAACCAUUCAAAAAUUAUAAGCAAAAAUAGCCAAUUUUUGUAUCUCCUGACCAGUAGGUGGCGCUGCACCAAAAUGCAGCAUGUAAGCUCAGGUAGCUCAUGAUGACGUACCAAGUUUGGUCUAAAUACAAUAAAGCAUUGAGGAGAUAAAGCCUUGCAUCUAUUUUCUCAAGCGCUGCGUAAAAUUUGUUCACACAUUUUUGAAAACGGUUUGACAAAUCAACUUGAAUUCCACAACUUUUUGUCUGCAUGGUCUGAACAUGAUCUGGUUCGAUUUACGUGAAAAUCAGAGCAACGGCCUAGGAGGAGUUUGAAAAUGUUCGGAAAUUCCAAAUGGCAUGAAAAUUUUCAUAAUGUAAAAUUAAGUCUUUUCUACAUCGUCUUGAGCCAAGGAAUCAGAGGAAAACGAAUUCUGUUUCUAGCCCUUAUGGUUCAAAAGUUAUAAGCAUAAAUAUAAAAGUGCAAAUUUGGACAGUUGGUGGAGCUAGAGGGAUUGACUUAGAGACUUCAAAUUUGAUAUGGUGACAUUUCAGACUGACGUCUAUCAGUGUGCCAAAUUUCAGAACUUUCCUGCAAGUGCUUCUAUGGGCUGCCAUAAACUCAAGAGCGGAAGAUAAGAAGAAGAAUGCCAACGGAUACAAUAGGUGUCUACGCACCUUCGGUGCUUGGCCCUAAUUACAUAGUAUGUACAUGGGGAACAGGACUGUAAAAUAGAUCAACGUGGGACAUUUACAUCCUCUAUUGGUCAAACAUGUUUUCACUAUAUGAAUUCACAGGUCACCAAAUUUCAAUAGACAGCAAAUGGCAAAACAUCUACACAUAUGCUUGCGUUCCCGGUCUCCCACAUUUGCAUGUGUAUGAAUACAAGUGAAUGCAAAAACAAUGUCUAAUUGCACCUUAAGAACAGGAAAUAAUUUCGUAAGAUGGCUUAUUUUACAUAUUGUCCAUAAACACCCCACUUUGUUGAUUCUGCAAAUGUAUUUUCAGUACUUUAGUACUGCAUGAAUAUAUUCCCUAAUUCUAACAGAAAUCACAACACACACUAACAUAUCACUUGAAUGAUAUGUAAACACCAGGUUUGUGUUUCGUGCUGCGAUAUGUUUAUGAUUCAAAUUUCACAUCAUAUAUUGUGUAUCAUGAUUUACAAUCUGUAAUAUUUAUUUCUAAGAACUCAUUUGCCAGGAACAUCUCCCUAUAGGUUCUCACAUAUGUGUCACGUACUGUUUUUUUUAUAAUAAUAUUAAUAAUUAAUCACACAUAACAUGAAUAAACCUAACAUCAUUUUUAAUGUGAUUUAUGCUCUUCUUUCUUACAAAUGUUUGUUGCUUAACUGAAUAUUACAGUAAAUAAUAUGUUGACAUCAUGAAACAACACAAUUCAGUCACCACCAGCAGGGGGCAGCAGUGACAAAUCUUUGGCAAUAAACUUGGAUUUACUGUGAAACAAACGUAUAAUGUGCAAAUGAAGGAAGACCGCAGGAAUUGGCCUGAGGCUAUAGUUUCUGGUAUGUAUGCGGCUGUCAGUAUCUCCGAUGAGACUUGUCAUGUUAUAGAAAAUGGCAAGCUGAAGGGAAGCGCUCUCAAAAAAAUGUGAAUCUACUUAACGAGUCCCAAAUCUAGUUCCUAAUAUGCAAUGAGGAAUGUGCAUAUAUGUCUGAGAAAAAAAAAUCCUCCAGAAUUACGUUGACCUCUAAAGGUAUAUAGGCUAAUACACUUAAAUAGGUGUAGUUUUUUAAUGAAAAGCUUAGAACUGGUUAUUUAUUAAAACUUAAGAUAGGAAGUGUUAGAAAACAAUCUACACUCUAAAAAGCAAACAGCUUUUUUAUCCAGUAAUAAAUAAUAUAAUAAAUCUGAAUAAUAUUGUGACAAGCAGGGCGGGACGAGAGCCGUGGGAGAAUGGUGCGAGGAUUUAUGUAGGCCUGGAUUUAUGUUAUGUUUUUAUUAUGUUGGUGUGUGCGGCAGUCGUCCGUGAGGGACUGCCGCCAUUUUACUUUCGUUUUGUAUUUGUUUAUUUUGUAUUAAAUUGUGUUGAACGUU